AUGGGUGCUCAGAAAAUGACCCACGUGCUGAUUCGUCAUUUUACGAGGUCGUCGUCUAGCGAGGAUCUGGUGAGCUUCGAGGAAGUGGCUGUGUAUUUCACCGAGGAGGAGUGGGCCCUGGUGGAUCCGGACCAAAGAGCCUUGUACGGGGAAGUCAUGGAGGAUAACCUGCAAACCUUUGUCUUUCUAGAUGACGUGAAGCAGACGGGACAACACAAUGGGGCCUCGCCCAAAAAAGUCGACGCAGGGGUAACAAAGCAUUUUUUCAAUCCAAACAGAGGAGGAAGGAAAAAGAGAUGCGAGAGAGAGGAAUGGAGAAAUAAAUCUGUCUCAUCUUGGCCCAUCGGCAUCCGUAAACAAAACCGACGAGUAGAAAACGCAGACCUCGAGGGUCUUCUGAGAAUCGCCGAAGAAGGGAGACCCAGUCAGAGUCCAGGAUUUGUGAGAGGCAAUACCCCGAGCAACAUCUUAGGGGAGCCUCUGACACUCCGUGCUGAGGGAAAAGGCUUUAGGUCCUCAGAGUGUGAAAGGAACUCGGAUUGGUGUGUGAAUUUUACGGGACAUCAGCCCGCUCAGCCUGGCGAGAAGCACUUCCGAUGCUUACGGUGUGGGAAAGGCUUCAGUCACAGCUCACACUUCAAAGUUCACCAACAGGUCCACACGGGGGAGAAGCCGUUUAAAUGCGAGGAGUGUGGCAAAACGUUUAGGCAGAAGUCCAACCUCCGAGUCCACCAAAGGUCGCACACGGGAGAGAAACCCUUCCAGUGCUCAGGCUGCCGUAAAACCUUCAGCCAGAGCUCGCACGUGAAAUUGCACGAACAGAUUCACUCGGGGGAGAAGCCCUAUUCGUGCGACGCGUGCGGGAAGAGCUUCCGGCGCAGCGAGCACCUUCGCGUCCACCUGAGGAUGCACACGGGAGAGAAACCUUACCAGUGUCCCGAGUGCGGGAAAAGCUUCACCCACAGCUCCAACCUGACUAGGCACAAACAGGUUCACAGGGGGGAAGGCGCCCUGAACGCGAAUCCAUCGUUGGCUUACAUUAAAAUGCCCUUACAGGAAACGGACCCCGUAGAUUCCCAUAAUGUAGCACGAGUCUUGAUUGUUUGAUUUCUUUAAUUAGUCAAGGAAGAUCUACUUCGCACAUAGUUGGCUUAGUGGAAUACGGAACCAAAAAGAUCCACCCAUAGCUCACAACCUGAUUAGUUUUUCAAAAUCACUGGAUGAAUUCACGGAGAUUAGAGAGGUUGAAAGCUACUAAUCAUCGUAGCUCUACAGUAUAUCGGUGGUCCUCUUGGGUGACUCAGGUGUUCUUGGA